AUGUUAGUCUUGCAGUUCGCGAACCUGCUCGACAGCGUCAUCUCGUCUCCAGCUGCGGCUCCUUCACGGGAGGACCGGACCGCUUUUCUAAGAGUGCUGUCGGAAGCAAGUGGAAGCGACAGUGGCACAGCGAUCUUGGCAGUAGCAAAGAAAUAUAAGGAAUUGACGGAUUUCUUGCUGGAGGCGGUCCAUCCUGUACUGCUGAGCAUGUAUAAAAGAAAACUCAGUGGCUCCAGAGCAGGGCUGUACAAGGAUUCGCACCACCGUUUAGCUCUUGCCAUAGAGGGAGGCGCCAUGAGAGGCUGUGUCACCGCCGGCAUGGCCGUGGCAUUACAUCACAUGGGAUAUGCAGAUACAUUCGAUGCUGUGUUCGGCUCCUCCGCUGGAAGCCUAAUUGGUGCUUACUUCAUUUCUCGACAACUACCGUAUGAAGGAGCACAAAUUUACUAUGAUUGGCUGCCUUUCAUGGGCAAGAAAUUCCUCGAUCUCAAGCGAAUAGGCCGUGGACUUGGACUGGGCUUCCUGUUAGACGGUGAUAUUAUCGAUUUCCUCCUCAAUAAGCUUGGCAAACCCCUUCUAAACCUGGAUAUACUACUGAAGGACAUAGUGCAGCAAAAGCAACCACUGGACUGGGACAAAUUCAAGGCGAAUGAUUCCUGGCAACCGCUUAAGGUCGUCACCUCAGGAUUGUGUAGCCAGCGAGCUAUCAUCCUCGACAGUCUCCACGGAAACAUCCGCGAUCUGCAGUCUUUAAUGGCGUGUGUGCGUGCGUCGAUGUUGUUGCCCGGGUUGGCAGGCCCGGUGGUACACUUGCCCGUCUAUCCGGAGUCGAGCAAUCUAACUCCGCACUACCUUCCUCUGAUUACACCGUCAGCGCUUCCCCGCUUUGCGCCACAACCACCAUGCGGAUUUGUCUCAGAGCCCCUCGCGGACGCUCUUCUGUACGAACCUGUCCCUUUCCGGAGUGCCAUAGCCGAAGGAUACGAUCAGGUUCUUGUGCUGCGGAGCAGGCCUGACGGAAAGCGCGUGGGACGAUUAGGAGGAAUCGAGGCUGCGGUGGAAAAUCGUCUCGCGCGUCGAUUCUUUGCUGGAAAGCACAAGCUGCGGCAUGUAUACGAAUACAUGAAGCAACGGAAACAUCGUAUUCGGUACAUGAAGGAUAUGCUGAUGCUGAACGAUGCAACGAACAACCGACGCAGACUAAAGGUUGCUGGUCAGGACGGAGUCGAAAAGGAGGGGCACGCUUUUGCUGUUGCCUUGGACCCUUCCACAGCUGAGAUUGCCCGGAUUUCCAUGACGCGGAAACAAAUUUUGGAGGGCGUCAGGGCAGGCUUCGCUCGCUUGUACGACGUGAUUGUCCCCGACCCACAGAAGAGGGGCCGAGGCUACGAGGAGGCAUUGAAGGUAUUUCCUUCGAAUCUCCCCGGCGUUACUGAGGCUUUCACGCCAUCCACAUCAUCUGUCUCUUCAUUUCCGUUGAUGCCACCGCUCUUCGACGCUUCAGCUGAGAGCGCGAGCGAUCCGAAGGCGCUCGCGGACUAUGUUACCCGAGCGGCAGCCACAGAGCGGGAGCGACGGGAAAUUCUCUCACACGAAGUGAACUCCUAG